AUGACUGACGCUGAGGCGGCCCCGUCUGUCCCAGCCGUCUCGGGGUUGGCAGAGACUGCGCGUACCCUCAAGGACGACAACUCCUCCACGGGCCCUCGUCUGCAGUCCCCCCGAUUAGAACCCUCCCGACCAGAGCCCCCCCGGGAGAGCCCCCGGAAGGUCGACGCUCCAGGCGACGGUGUCGUGGUGUCGAGCCCCAAGGCCGAUUCAGAGGCGGAGACGAUUAUCCAGUCGGGGCGGGAGUCGCUGUCGCCCGAGAAGAAGCGGAGAUUCAUCCAGCACGAUCAGAAACGAACCCACGAAGGACAUGACCGGAUCGACACGAUGGAGCUGGACGCACCGCCCUCGGACGGUAACUUCAGGAAGCGGAAGAGGAUGGAAAGCGACCCCCGCGAGGGAGAAGAUGAUGGUGCUCGUCGGUCGGGCACCCAGUCGAGGGUGACAUCGCCCUCCAGGUCGGUCGUAAAGUCGGAGCGGACAGAGGAGCCGCAUGGCUGGUCGGAUCGGAUGGACAGACGGCAUUCAUCACAUGCAUCACUGACCUCGAGGACGGAGAAGGACCGCCGUGCCAGGAAACGAAGCUCGAGCGAGGGCGUGGGAGAUGGCGACAGUGAGUCGGACCGACGCGUGCGUCCGCAACACAGCGCGGAGCCCGCUCGCAAUGGGGACCGCAAGUCGGCCAACACAGUCCCAUCAACACGUCGCAUCUCAGAUGACCGAUCGGUGUCCCCCACGUACCGCGUACACAAGAGAGGCACGUCGGGCUCGCAGCACAGCAGCGCGGACCAGAGGAAGAGACGGGCACCACCACCACUAAUGACAGGCCGUCAGCGUCACAGCUCGGAAGAUAGGCAGUCCGUAUCUUCGUCGACCAGCGGCUCGCCGCUACCGUCCUCGCACCUCCGGAGGCUGCAGUCUGUGGACACGGCGGCCAUGUCGCCCGCCAAGCAGAUGGCCCACAAAAAGCAGCGCGAUCAGAACGGUCGAACGCGUCUGGCUCGAGCCUGUGCCGCCCAAGAGGUCGAGGCGGCCAAAGCUCGCCAUUUAGAACGACCGGAGGAUCUGAAUGUCGCGGAUAACGCGGGGAAUACCCCCCUCCAGAUUGCUGCAUUGGAAGGCUGUGCUCCGAUUGUGGAGUUCCUGCUCAACGCAGGCUGUGAAGUGGACACCAAAAAUAUCGACAAGGACACUCCUCUCAUCGACGCCGUGGAGAACGGACAUCUGGAAGUAGUGAAACUUCUGCUGGCAGCGGGGGCUAAUCCCCGGGUGGUUAAUGCUGAAGGCGAUGAACCGUACGAGCUGGUUCCGUCCGAUUCAGAAGACUACGAGGAAAUACGACGUGUGAUUGCUGAGGCCAAAGCGAACCCGCAUCGUCGACAGCGCUCGGAUGAACAUAGCGCCAACGGAUACAAGGACACCUCUCGAGCGGUCUCUGCGGCCAGUCCUCGCGACUCUCCACCGGUUAAUGGUCGCAGUCCGCCUCCGAUGCCAUCCCUGAGCAAAAGGCGGACGGUUAGGAGCGAAGCUACAAGGAAUGAUCUACUGUGGACGAAGGCUACUCCCGAGAAUUUACGGGAGUUUGCCGCCAAGGGGGAUAUGGCGGGAGUUGCUAACAUCCUUAAUGUUGGACAGAAGGCCGAUGCAGAAUCGUUGAUAGCGGCGGCCAAAGGAGGGCAUGACGAAGUGAUGCAACUGCUACUAGGCAUUGGAUAUGCCGAUCCGGAUCCGGACCCAGUCCAAAAUGGAUACCUGAAGCCCGGCUACAACACGCCAAUGUUAGCAGCGAUUGGUCGAGGGAACCUUGCCGUUAUUCGCCUUCUACUCGCACAACCCGGUUUCAACCCCGCUCGUCGUCUGUUCCGUGACCGUUACUAUUUCGAAUUAGCGCGGGAGCGCAGGGGAGAUGACUGGCAGGAGGAGUAUGAUAUACUGAAACAAGCUUAUGAUGAUUACAUCCAGGCGCGCAGGAUGCGCAAGCCGGACGUGAGAUCACCUCGUCGGGCUCGUGAUAUGGAACGGGAGAAGGAGAGCAAGAGGGCUGCACGGAGAGGAUCACCGUCGCCGGUAGCUUCUCAGAGAAAGGCAGCUCGAAGCCCGCCACCAAGCCGCCAUCAGGAAUCUUCCGCCAAAGAAAUAAGGAGGGAGAAGAAACGAGAUGGAGCGGGUGCACACCGGGAGCGGUCACCUCAUGGCGGUAUGCGCACCAAGGUAUCUGCACGGGACGGAAGCCACAGUGAACAUUCUGUCGCUCCCUCGGAAGCGGACUCAGUGCGCUCUGAAUCUCACAGAGCCAAAUCCGCUGUUUCUGGCCGAAGUCUCGCGGAUUCCGGACCCAGCACCCACAGUGAAGAAACCCCCAAGCGACGACGUCUGAUCGCUGGCCGUCCACCCCAGGAUCGCGAAAAGAAGAAGUCCAGCAUGUUGUCUGAAGCAGCGUCUGGACGCGAAGAGGCUUCCAGACCUCGCCCUACGGAUACAGCUUCAGAGACCACGGGAGAUAAACUGAGUGUCCCGUCUUUGAAGCGUUCCCGGAGUAGUGAUGCAUCUGAGCGGUCACGUUCACGGGGCCGUGAGCAGCACGGAGGCGAUUCAGAUGAGCUCCAAAAGAAGAAACGACGCGUGUCGGAAGGACCUCAGAAAGUGAAUGGGACAGCCAAGAGACAUGGAGAAUCGCCUGCAGAGCCGCAUUCACGGCACUCUGAUAACCACACUCCGGACGCCGCACGGGCCAAGCCCCAGGCUGCAGAUAGCACAUCGGCCAGAUCGUCUGACAGUGUAGCCUCCGUCAAGGAAGAGAAGAAGAAGGAGCCCCAUGUGCUGGAGGAGAUUCCCAUGGAGGUCGAUCAGCGCGCUGAUGCCGAGGCUGAAGCCAAGAAGACGGAAGCAGAAGCAGAGCGCCGGAGGGUCAAGGAGGAAGCUAAGAAGGCAGAGGAGGAGCGUAUUGCGGAAGAGAAACGGCUUGCUGCUGAGGCUGAAAAGGCUCGAAUCGCCAAGGAGGAAGAAGAUGCCAAGGACGCUGCAGAGAAAGCCGCCCGUCUCGCUCGUGAGAAGGCGGAGGAGGAGGAACGCAAACGCAAGGAGGCCGAACAGAGACGGAUCCGGCAAGCUGAAGAUGAUCGCCAGAAGCGACUCGAACAGGAACGGAUUCGUGUCGCGAAGCUGCGGAAGGAACAAGAGGAACAGGAGCAACGACGUCGCGACGCUCUGCCCAACAGACUUCGGAUGGCUGCCAACCUUGUGGGAUCGAAUGACCCAAGGGCAAGAAGCCACGCGUGGCUGAAACAGUUCAUGCCGGUGGUGACAGCCAAAACCAGGCAGAUCGAUCUGUCUUGCGAGCCUGACAUAGCAGAGGAGAGAUGGGUACCGAACUUUCUGGUCGCUCCGCUUUUGGCCACCAACGACUUGCAACUCUCUCAAUAUGCUAGUUGGGAGAAGCGCAACGCGACACCCACUCAGCGGAUGAACCUCUGGCGCGUAACACGCCGGAUCCUCGUGCAAGCGGACGACUCAGAUUUCCUCAACCUGUCUUUUGGCGAGAUCAUGCAGAAGGAUUGCGAAACACGACCUAAGUAUUUUGACAUGGAGCACGUCUUCUGGGUCAGGCUCUCCGACUUCAUGGAUCUCGUUCCUCAUAUUCCUCAUCUUCAUGGUCUCGAUAUCCAGCUGCUGAAGAUGCAUAUCGACAGUGAACCUACGCUGGACACUCCCAGGACCGAACUUCCGCAGACAAACGGACACGUCUAUGGGCUUUCGCAUCCCGAAAACGCCACCGAUGCACAUGCUCCCCCUAACGGCCUGACCAAUGGCUACGGUCCUCCACGACCGAGUACAUAUUCGGACGGAGAAGAGGUCCCUGUCGCGACCGCCGACGAGGUCGAAGUUUCCGCUGAUGCCGGUGCCGGCGGCCAGAUGUCCGUCCUGGACGCUCUCAAGGGCGUUCUGAAGAUCUCUCUGAUCCACGACGGUCUGGCCCGUGGUCUGCGCGAGGCCUCCAAGGCCCUUGACCGUCGCCAGGCUCACAUGUGUGUCCUCAACGAGGGCUGCGAGGAGGAGGCUUACAAGAAGCUGGUCAUUGCUCUGUGCUCUGAGCACAAGAUUCCUCUCAUCAAGGUCCCUGAUGGAAAGCUGCUCGGCGAGUGGGUUGGUCUUUGCCAGCUCGACCGUGAGGGUAACGCCCGCAAGGUCGUCAACUGCUCUUGCGUUGUCGUCCGUGACUGGGGUGAGGAGUCCCAGGAGCGCUCCAUCCUCCUCAACUACUUCCAGACCGAGCAGUAG